CAGCUUGGCUGCGCUCCGGCACAGGAGGCAGCUGCCGUGGCCGCCAUGGACAGGGCCGGCGAAGAAGAGCCGCCGCCGCCGGCAGGGCGGCAGGACGAGGAGGAAGACGAGCUGGAGCUGCUCGCGAGGCGGCAGCGCAAGGAGAAGCGCGAGCUGCAGGCAAAAAUCCAAGGAAUGAAAAACACUGUUCCAAAGAAUGACAAAAAGAGAAGAAAACAACUGUUGGAUGAUGUCACCAAACUGGAGGCUGAGUUGGAACGGAGGCACAGAGAAGAACUGGAGAAGCUAAAGGAGACGUUACCUGAACAGAAUAAAGUAUGUGUAGAGGACUUUUCAGCAACUAUAAAUAUUGCAAGAUUGGAGCUUGAGGGCACAGAACAGAUUCAGCCUCCUAGGCUAUCAAAGGCACAGAAGAGACGGGAUAAAAAAGCAGCCUUGGAGAAGGAAAGAGAAGAAAGAAUAGCAGAAGCUGAAAUAGAAAAUUUAACAGGAGCUAGGCACCUUGAAAGCCAGAAACUUGCACACAUUUUAGCCAUAAGGCAAUUGGAAAUUAAGCAGAUCCCAUCUGAUGGCCAUUGCAUGUACAGAGCUAUUGAAGAUCAACUCAAGGAGCAACAAAACUCCUGGAGUGUUGCAACUCUUAGAAGUCAGACUGCAGAGUACAUGAGAAGUCAUGGAGAUGACUUCCUCCCAUUUCUGACAAAUCCAAAUACAGGAGACUUGUACAGCCAAGAGGAAUUUGAAAAAUACUGUUACGAUAUAGCAAACACAGCAGCGUGGGGUGGUCAGUUAGAACUCAGGGCUCUGUCACACAUCUUGAAAACACCCAUUGAAGUUGUUCAGAUGGAUUCACCUCCUAUUAUUGUUGGUGAAGAAUACAGUAGGAAACCACUAAUACUUGUGUAUAUGAGACAUGCAUAUGGAUUAGGAGAACAUUAUAAUUCUAUAAAACCUCUAUUGGACAUGACUACAGAAAAUAGCUAGUGCACAUGAUUGAUCAUUACACGUAAACAAUGGGUGCAUCUUUGCUCUUUAUGCUACGUAUCCUUGGAUAGGUCUUUAAACAAACUUAUUCUGCUCAGUUCUUUUAGAAGACAUAAAGAGUUUGGAGAUAUAUUAUGUAUCAGAAAUCCGUUGUAAGCACUAUAGAUUCUAAUUUAAAUCAUGUUUUUUUUUUUAAAAAAAAUCUUCCCUGAAUUCCCUGAUGCAACUCAUAAUAAAUUGUGUAUUACAUAUUUUUUAAAUUUCCAUUGCAUCCUCUGCUUUAUUGGCUAAAUCAGUGUUCUAUAUAACAAUGCAGUGUUGCACUGUUCAUGUCUUAUAAACUGCAAUUAUUAAAAAAAUCACAAACAGAAAAUGAUGAAAUUAUUAAGACACUGAAGAAAUGAUGUGAAUUUGUUAAGACUGUUGCAGCGAUACUAAGAGAUGGUUGUAUGAUACAUUUGUUGUGACUUCAAACCCCUUUGCUGAUAUCCUCAUACUCUUUUUUCUCCUGGCUACUGGUUAAAAAAUACCUGAUUCAGAGGCCCGGAAACCUUUGUCCAUGAUCAUAGGAACGUUGGAAAUGGCCUUUUAUCAAGUCAGACCUUUGUGCGAUCUACCUCAUUGUUACCAACACUGACUGGUAAAGGCUGUCCACAGGGUUUUAGACAGGGUUUUCUAGUCCUACCUGGAGAGGUCAGGGAUUGAACCUGGUAUCUUCUGCAUGCAAAGCAUGUGCUCUACCAAGCAUUUUAAACAGAUGCUUCCUGUUUAAAGUAAACCUUUUUCGGGUUGUUCAUUUUGGGACAAGUUUGAUUUGUUCUUUGAUGUUCAAUAGUAUGAUUAUUUCAGCAGCUCUACAACCCAGGGAAAAGAAGGAAUUGUGAUGCAUGUGCUGUGUUCAGAUAGCCCUCUCAUGAUCAUCUGUACAGUUAAUACCUCCACAUGGAUAUUUUAUUUAAAGCAGCUUUAUUCCACAAUUAUGCAAGGCAGAUCACAAUAUUGCUGUAGUGUACAUCUGGCUGCCUUGAUUCUGACAAUGGCAAGAAGUCAGAAGUGCUGCCAUGUUAUCAGAAUUGUUGCAGCCAAAUAGCAUAUGUGCUGCUCAGGUGGAUCACAGAAACAUUGCUGUGAUAAGAAGAUGCCUGGUACUGAGUCAGACCAUUGGUCCAUCUAGCUUAAUACUGUCUACAAUGAUUGGCAGCAGUUCUCCAGAGUUUCAGAUAAGAGUCUUUUCCAUCCUGAUCUGGUACUGUCAGGGAUUGAACCUGAAACAUUUUGCAUACAAAUCAUGUGCUCUAACAAUGAGUAAUGGCCCUUCCCCAUGAACUCAGAUAUGCUGCAAGCCAUCUCACAUCUAAACCAGCCCUAUGCCUGUAGCAUGUAAAAGUUUGAAUCUCUAUAAUAGCAAUUUCAACUAAAAACUGCUACUUUCAGAUCUAUUACACUCAUGCUGUGCUUCAAGUACAAGUAUUGUAAAACAUUGGUGCAUAACAAUGAAGAUCAUUUGCACAAUCAAAACUGUUGCUCAGUUGAUGUUCAUUACAGAAUGUUAGGGAAUAUUUGCUAUCACAAUAGUUUAAUUUAUAAAUGGAUGGCUAUUUUAAAUGCUUGUAAAUGGAAUAUUGAAAUUAAGUGUAGAGAAACUUGUAACUGAGCUCUUUAUAUUGUCUUCCACAAGAGACAGCCUAUGAUUUUGGUUCUUAAGAUAAAUUAUAUACACCUCCCAAGCGAAAAGUCUGGAAUGUGCUAAAUCUGCCCCUCUACUUUUUAUUUGCACAAUCCUGCCCCACCCUGCUAAGUCUAGAUUAUUUCUCCAGUGUUCUUUUGAUCUCAUCCCAUUCUAUGUUUGGCCAGAGGUAUUAUUAUUUUAUAGAAAAGGGUACAAAUUGAUUAAAUAAACACUUUCAUUACCAUAGCAGCUUACUUGAGUACCUAUGUUCAGGUCUCAGACAAAUGUGUAUGUGCUUAUGCCUAUCAGGAUGGGUGGAACUCUAAUUCUGGCCUACUAUGAAUUUAAUAUAGGCACUGAGCUUGCUCCUAAGAAAAGCAAUUUACUAAACCUUCCUUUAGAUUUUUAAUGCUGAAAAUAAAGCAAAAUGUACAAAACCAA